CCAUGUUCCAGUAAAUGAGGUCUGCCGCUCAAGUCUUACACCCUGACUCCCACCCACGGACUCGACAUCCAACCAGAGAGAAUGAGGGGGCCACGUGGGGCCCACAGCCUCCCCGAACUGAGAGGGGUGGUGACAGCAAGUGCCCCCCCUCUAUCCUGAGACCCAGACGGCAAGGAUGUGGGUGCCAUGGGGCUGAGCCACAGAGAACGUCAAGGCAUGUGCAGUUCCGAGAGCCCCUGGAGGUGGCUGUCCACUACAUUGCCCGCAGGAACACCACAGCUGCCGUCAAGGUGCCCAGCCGACCAGCUUCCCACGGUGGCUCUGUGCCCCAGCCAGCAUCCUGUGGCGGUUCCCUAUUCCUGUGGCUGACUCUGUGUGUUCUGCUUGGAGUAGUGUUGGGCCUGUGCUGUGGCCGGGUCAAACCCAUCACGGUAGUCCUGGAGGACCUCCGGGAUUGGCUCCUCGUCCUCACCUUGCGCUUGAGGCGUGUAGUCCUUGCCCUGCUGCACCUGACACCUGGCUGA